AUGGAGUCAGCACGCACGGAGCAGCUAUCAGACGCUUCGGACAUAACUGUGGAAGCUGUUGAAAGGGCCCUUCAUCAGCUGUACUAUGACCCAGACAUGGCCCAGAAGAACAUGGCACAGAAGUGGCUAACACAGGCUCAAGCCUCCCCACAGGCAUGGCACUUCUGUUGGGCACUGCUCGGCCCAGACAAGGUUCCUGAGAUCCAGUUUUUCGGAGCCAGCACACUUCACACGAAGAUCUCUCGUCACUGGGCCGACCUCCCAGCCGAGCAGCACGAAUCCCUCCGUUCUCAGCUCAUCGCCAAGGUCGGCCACUUUUCCUCCGGACCCAAGAUGGUACUGACUCGCCUCUGUGUGGCUCUGGCCUCCCUUGUCCUCCAAACCAUACCAGACACUUGGCCCAACGCCCUCUCCGACCUCCUGCGGACCUUCCAGACGGGUGAAGGCAUUACGGGUGCCAACGGCCAGGCCCGCUGCGUGGCCCUGUUGGAGCUAUUUGCCGUGUUACCGGAGGAGCUUCAGAGCAGCAGGAUCCCAGCAGGUCGUCGUGCCCAACUGCGAAGCACUCUGGCUGGGCAGUGGUCCUCGGUGUGCCCCUUGCUCAGGCAGCUGCUCCGGCAGACGGAUUCGCCGUGCCAGGUGAAGGAGAGGGUACUGAGGUGCCUGGCAUCCUGGUUACUGCUUGAUGUGGCACUGGGCGAGAGCGAGGGGUUGCUGGAGGACAGUUUUGCCACACUGACGGAACCGGAGCUCUUUGACACGGCUGUGGAAACCAUCGUCAGUGCUAUCUCCCAGCCGGACUGUCAGAGGUUCACGGGCAGUCUGCUGAAGAUGGUGCCUCAGAUUCUGGGCCUCCAGGACCAGCUGAGAAAAGCAGUGGAGGCCGGAGACAUGGAGACUUCUCACGGGAUCUGCCGCAUCGCAGUCGCACUGGGAGAAACUCACUGCAGAACCCUGCUGGAGCAGGUAGACCACUGGCAGGCCUUCCAGGCCCUGGUGAAUAUGAUCCUGUCCUGCACUGGUAUCCCAGGGCACUAUCCUGUGGACGAGACCAGCAGUUCACUCACCCUUACCUUCUGGUACACCUUACAGGAUGACAUCAUGUCAUUAGACAUGGAGAAACAGACACUUUACCUGCAGGUGUACAGGCCUGUGUAUUUUCAACUCGUGGAGAUCCUCCUGCAGAAAGCCCGUUUCCCUACUGAACAAGACUACGCCACAUGGUCUGCAGAUGACAAAGAGCAGUUUAGGACUUACAGGGUGGAUAUCUCGGAUACGUUGAUGUAUGUGUAUGAGUUACUGGGCCCAGAGCUGCUUAGGAGCCUGUAUGAGAAACUGGGCAGACUCCUGACAGACACAGCACUCACACCAUCAUGGCAGGAUAUAGAGACACUGCUGUUUGGCUUCCAGUCUAUAGCUGAGACUGUGGAUGUCAGUUACUCUGAUGUCAUCCCCGGCCUCAUCGGACUGAUCCCGCUGAUCACCCCCGGCAACAUCCAGCUGGCCGAGACCAUCAUGUUUACUAUAGGUUCGCUGGCGGAGUGGUUGGCAGAUCACCCCAUCAUGUUGGGAAGUGUUGUCCCGGUGGUUUUACGGGGCCUGUCGAACCCUGAGCUGUCUGUGUCCUGCGUCUCCGCCUUAAAAAGGAUUUGCCGCGAAUGUCGUCACGACCUCCACUCGCACGCCGAUGACAUCAUCACCGCAUCGCAAGACGUCCUUGUCAAACGGCUCCAUAAGAGCACUCAGUGCAUGUGGUUGAUGCAGGCGCUGGGUUUCCUGCUCUCUGCCCAGCCUGGUGAAGCACUCCUGAGGAGACUACUGUCUCUGGUCUCCCCCCACAUCCAAAGACUUGAGGGGUUAGCAGACCAGAGCCCUGAUGCUUCCACUAAAACAGCCAUCAUCCACACCCUGGGCCUCUUGUCCAGUCUGUUUGCUACACUGGACACCAGUAGACCAGGUUCACAGGGCCCAGAGGCUGUCCGAACAGCCCCGUCACAGCCAAACACCAAUCCAGUGGUGGGGGUUCUACAGCAGGUUUUCCCUCUUAUCCAGAAAGUUCUCAGCAAGUGGCUCAGUGACCCAGAAGUUGUGGAGGCUGUUUGUGCAGUUUUUGAGAAAUCGCUGAAAACCCUCAUCCAUGAGUUUGCGCCUCUGGUCGCCCAGCUCUGUGAGCUGAUUGGCCAGAUGUACAGUGCCUACCCACAAGCCUCUGCUCUAGACCUCACACGACAGCUGGUUCACAUAUUUGCCUGUGAGAGGGAGUACUUCCCGCCCAUUAAAGCCCUACUGGAGCUCAUCACAAGCAUCACCAUGGCCAUUUUUCAGCAUGGUUCCAGGGACCAUCCUGAUGUGGUUGAUUCAUUUAUGCAACUCCACGCUCAGGUCCUGAAAAGAAAACCAGACUUGUAUCUGUCAGGGAGUCCUGACAUUAAAGUGGUGUUCUACUGUGGAAUCUUGUCAUUUAAAUUCCCAGAGACUCCCACUGUGAAGUCCACAUGUCUCCUUUUUACAGAGUUGAUUUCUCACUGCGAGGACAUUCCAGCCGUGAGUGAGGUUCUCCAAGAGGACGGACAGCUUCUCCUUCAGACCCUGCUGGAGGCUAUAGGAGGGCAGGCCCCACGCAGCCUGACAGAACAUUUUGCGGAGCUGCUGUUCUCCCUCAGUAGGCACUGUCGCAGUCUGCUAACCGUGGGCCUGAGAGAAGCUCUACUGCCCCCAGGUUUCCCCAGCAUACACGUCAGCAUGGAGCAGAAAGACCAGUUCUGCCAACAGGUCCUCAGGGAGCAGUUGAAUAAAAGAAGGAUGAGAGAGAUUGUGAAGGAGUUCUCCCUGCUGUGCCGAGGUCUACAGGGAACAGAGUACGCCACUGACUGCUAA